CAAACACGCACAAGAAAACAGGAAGCAUUUUUAACAGAACUGCUACAGAUUGGAUAAUGCAGUGUAAAGAUGGGGUCAGCCGUUGAGAGAACAGACGAUCUUGUAAGGGAGUAUCUGAUAUACCGCGGUUUCACAAGUACCCUCAAACACCUUGACGCCGAAAUUAAAGCCGACAAGGAGAAAGGAUUUCGCGUUGAUAAGAUAAUUGACCAGCUGCACCAGUUUAUCCAGAACUAUGACCUGAACGCUCUCAAAGCUUACUGGGGUUACUUGGACCGUCGGCUCUUCUGUCGUUUGGAGGAUGUCUAUAGACCCACUGUGAACAAAUUGCGAACAAGUCUCUUCCGGUUCUAUCUUGUGCACACUGUACAGUCAAAAAACCUGGAGAAGACUCAGGAGUUUUUCCAGAAACAGGCGGUAGAACUCCAGGGUCAAGCAGAGUGGAGGGACUGGUUCGUCCUGCCGUUCAUCCCUGCUCCAGAGCAGAACCCUACCUUCUCAACCUAUUUCUCCCGCCAGUGGGCUGACACCUUUCUCGUGUCCCUGCAUAAUUUCCUCAGUGUGCUCUUUCAGUGCAUGCCCAAACCAGCACUCCUGAGUUUUGAUGCCGAAGUUCAGAGGACCAAUAGCAUACAAGAGGAUAAUGAACAGUUACGACAAGUGUUAUUUGCUCUGCAAGGAGACUUUCCUCCAAAGAAAGAUGAGGAGAUGGUACAUCACAAACUGCCUCCCUAUGUGCAGCACAUGGAUCGACUAGGAGACACUGAACUGGAUCUGGUAUCUAGCCAACGCAACGUCAACUUGACCACUCCUUCCAGAAACUUUUUCUCCACUUUCCUCCCUCAAGGAAGACGGGCACCUGGCAAGACGCCUCAGGGAGCUGGAUGCUCGCCAACACAAGCCUCUGUAGGGAGAAAAGAAACAACAGCUAGUCAACCUAUGAAGAUGAAGGAACCCCCACCUGUAAAGGACACCAAGAUGGCCGCUGUUUCCGCGGUUACUGCCGAGCCAGUGGCUGGUCACUCCAGACAAAAGAGACAGCAGGACCACGAGAAAGAGAGAAAAGAGCUCUUUUCUAAGCCUCAGAGCACUGAUAAAAAGGGAGAGAGUUCAGAGACAGAACCUCACAGCGAAGGGCAAAGUGACCAAACAGAUUCUUCCACCAAUCAGGCGCGAGUGGGUGGUGAGGGGAGCGGGACAGGGGCGGAGCAGCCUUUCAUCAAGCUUAGUCAGGAAGAAUAUGGGGAGCAUCACUCAUCCAUCAUGCACUGCAGAGUGGACAGCUCUGGCAGGAGGGUGGCCAGCCUGGAUGUGGAUGGAGUCGUCAAAGUCUGGUCCUUUAACCCAAUCAUGCAAACAAAAGCCACCAUCAUGUCCAAAUCUCCCCUGCUCUCACUGGAGUGGGCAACAAAGCCAGACCGACUGUUGUUGUUGGGCAGUGGUGUCGGUACAGUACGGCUGUAUGACACAGAUGCCAAGAAGAAUCUGUGUGAGAUGUCCAUUGAUGAGGUCCAUCCACGGAUCCUGUCUUUGGCGUACAGCCCCAGCGGGACAUCAUUUGUGUGCUCAGCUGCAGCUCACUCUGCGCCGUCAGGGAGCACUACAGAGGCAGGAUCCAGAGUUUCUCCUCCUGUCUCUGGGCAACUGUUGCUAUGGGACACCAAGACUGUCAAACAGCAGCUCCAGUUUGCCCUUGAGCCUGGUCCAGUGGCCAUAAACUGCACCGCUUUCAACCAUAAUGGAAACUUAUUGGUCACUGGAGCUGCUGAUGGAAUGAUACGGCUUUUCGACAUGCAGAGGUAUGAGAGCGCGAUGAGCUGGAAAGCUCACGAUGGAGAGGUGUACAGUGUGGAAUUCAGCUAUGAUGAGAACACAGUGUUCAGCAUAGGAGAGGAUGGCAAGUUUAUUCAGUGGAAUAUCCAUCGCAGUGGGGUGAAACAGUCUGAGUACUGUCUGCCCCAGGAUGCCACAGGGCCCUUUGUGUUGUCUGGGUACAGUGGCUACAAGCAGGUGCAGGUGCCCCAUGGGCGUCUCUUUGCCUUCGACUCUGAAGGCCAGCACGUCCUCACCUGCUCCAACUACGGAGGCCUCAUCUACCGGCUGAAUAAAGGGGAGACAGGUUUGGAGAGUGCCCUGUCUUUGGGAGGACACAAGGCUCCCGUUGUCACCGUGGACUGGUGCUCGGCGAUGGACUGCGGUACCUGCCUCACUGCCUCCAUGGAUGGCAAAAUCAAACUGAGCACGCUCCUGGCCCAGAAACCCUAAGCUCUUCCCCCCGUCGUGGGGAAGGCUGCCUAACCACUAACAGUGGUGACUGAUAAACUGUAGCACAUAUUGUCUUACUCCAGAGAUGGAGAACUCCCAUGCUGGAGAGCCUCAGUGUACACAGAUUGCAGCUCCAGCCUAAAACAAUCACAGCCAUUCGAGGUGUAAAAUUAAGUUUGAGCUGCUCCUUGUAGAUGUCGCAAACGUGUCUUAUGUAAUUAUCCUCUGCCCUGCAUCUUUCUUCACCCUUACAUAUGUCAGACAUAUAGCAAUGCCUCAUCAAUGAGUUGUAGUUCAGGUAAUACUGAUGCAAAUCCAGUGGAGAGAGAUUCAAAUGCAUGAAUGAGAGUGACAAGAUAAACAGACAGAGCAUAGAUGCAUAAGAAAAUGCAUAGGAGUGGGCAGGUCAGGUGUCUUAAAGCAGUUGU